UCUCCGCCUCCGUCUGUACACUCCUCGGCUGCUUUCCUUCACAAGCGGAGCGCACAGCGACUAGAGCAAGUACCGGACCGACCCAACAACUGUUCGUCUGACCAACAUGUCUCACCUGCACGGAACCACACGUCCUGACGCCGAAAGAAGCAGUGGCGACAGUAAUAGGAAACACAGACCAUCCUCGUGGUCUCACUGCAGGAAGCGAGGGGCAGAUGGUGGCCUGAGGGCAAACAGAGAAACCGACGGCACUGAUGGGACAUGCCACGGAUACUCUGAUAACCGAUAUUCCAGCUUCACCACUCCAGAGGGUGAGGGUCCCGUCAUUCGGUGUGGACGACAGACGGACUGGGGCAGCGUGGUGGAGAACGAGGAUUUACACAGAGACAUGCAACGUUACAGGAGGAGGAUCCUGGCUGCAGAGUUCACUCAAAGAGAGAGAAAGACCUCUAGUGGCAGUUCUGAUUCCAGAGAGUCCCCUAUCCCCAGUGGAGCAGAGAUGGAGACAGAUGAGACUGUGUUGCUUCGGCGACAGAAACAGAUCAACUAUGGCAAGAACACAACUGCGUAUGACCGCUACAUCAGAGAGGUCCCAAAACACCUGCGUCAGCCUGGUAUUCACCCGAAAACUCCCAACAAGUUCCGCAAGUACAGCCGUCGCUCCUGGGACCAGCAAAUUAAACUGUGGAAGGUCAAACUGCAUGCAUGGGACCCCCCUGCCCAGGAGGGGGAUGAACAAGACCUAGAGGAGAUUGAGGAACUAGACCUUGAUGAUGUGAUGGACAUCGAGCUGGACUUCCCAACCCUUCCAGACAUCCAGAGCACCGCACCAGUUUCCAGCACAUACAACCCUUUACUGGAGGAUGAGGACCAUUUAGGGACCCCCGUCAAACUAAUGAAGACGGACCACAGCGGGGAUGCAGCGUUGUGAAACAGACACUUUUUUUCAUGGCUUAGUUGUACUGUCCAUCUUCAUACAUGAACAAAACUGAUUAAUUGUAACAAUGAAACAAAAAGGACACGGUCAGACUGAAUGUGUCGUGCAGUUCUGCCUGAACUCAAGGGCUUGUGUAAUUUCUCAUACCUACUCACCAUUUUUUGUUCUGACUUUGUUGGCCUUUAUUUUACCCUUGAAAGUUAAGUUGUACAUGUUCUGAGUAGGUGUAAAACCUGAGUCUGAAUCCAGUGUGUCACUUAAGAAAGAUCCCCACCAGAGUUCCUUACGGGAAUGGCACUGCAGCAUCUUUCGUUCCCAACAUGUUGAGUUAAUGUGGCCUGGAGGCUGUUUAGUAUAAUCGGUAUUCUGAGUUUGGUCAUCACAAAUUAAAGCAAACAGACGAGCUUUUCUCUAAGUGCAUCAUAAGAAAUGCUUUUUACAAUCUUCACCUACAGUUGUUUUAUCCGUUUUCAUAUCGUGGAUGGUGAAAAAUGGUGCAUUUGUUUCCUUUUUGUUCAGACUUAUUAUAAACGUAUAUUUUCUUGUUAUUCGUGAAGCUGUUUUGGAUAUGGUUUUACAAAAAAUAAAAAAAAAUCCAAUAAAGGCAUU